CGAAGUUCGUCAGCUUCGGCGGCUUCAUCAUCAUCAUCAUCAUCAUCAUCAUCUAGUUCUGCAUCUUUCCACUCUUCUAUUUACACGCCUUCUCGCCAUCGCCAUAGUCGCCGGCGCAAGAGACGAACAAGCUCCGCUAACAUACGUUCCACACAUUCCGAACGUGAGGUAGCCGCUCGUCUUAGCAUCAGACAGAAAAUUAGAUGCGUUGAUAGGGGAUUUACCCUAUACCUACCCCCGAGUUUGAAUCCCGAGAUCACCACGAUCCGGUUGUCGGAAUCUUUGGACCGACCUCAGCAGUCUGUCUCCCAAACAACCUCUCUACCUGUUGUCCUCAACUGUUUGGAGGCUGCACUGAAGAAGGCAUCGAGGGCAAAAAAAGGCAGGGGGAAACAACGUCAAUUCAGCCCCGGCACACCUCCGCUUUCCCUGCAUCACGAUUAUAUGUCCGAUGGUGUACUCAGUCGACCUGCGUCUUUCGGCGACCUCUCCUCCGCCUUGAUGUCUUCCGUCCAAGGGAAACAUAAAGAGUUCUCUUCAGGGAGUCGUACGCCUAAUGAAUUGGCUUCCGGAGGCUCUCCCGAGUUCAAUCGAGCACCCAAAGCCUGGUGGCUUGAUGUCGCCAGUCCGACUUGGGACGACUUACAAACCAUUGGCAAGCUCCUACAUAUUCAUCCUCUUACACUUGAGGAUAUUCUCCAACAAGAUCCGCGCGAAAAGACGGAGCUCUUUUCAAAACUGGGCUAUUAUUUUAUCUCGUUCCGAACUAUACAGAACGCAGCUGUCACGCAGCCGGAUUAUCAGGACAUUUCAAGAGAUGACGAUAUUUACAAGGCUGACGACGGUGCUUUAAGAGAGGCUAACAUAUACGUGGUGGUAUUCAAGGAAGGCAUUUGCACGUUUUAUUUCGCUGAUGUCUCAGAACACAUAGAGAAAGUUAGGAAUAGAGUUCAACUUCUCCAGGACUGCUUCAAUAUGUCAUCAGACUGGAUUGCUCAUGGCAUAUUGGACUCUGUUGUGGAUUCAUUCUUCCCGUUCCUAAAGGAAAUCGAGAAACAAGUUCUAGCUGUAGAAGCUCUCGUAUUUUCGAGCAACGACGUCUCCCAAACUUCGUCGACAAACACUCUUGUUGAUCUCAUUCAUACACCUACGGAUAACCAGUGCGAUCCCAACGUUGAAAAACUGCCAGAUACGCUUUCGAAAGAGAUGGGAGAAACCCCUCCUAGCUUGAAUCGUGCGACAACAACAAACACAUUACUACGCAUGGCUAGGGCGAGAAGACUCGUUACUUCGUUGACUCGUCUUCUUGCUACAAAGUCAGAGGUCAUCUCGCAAAUUCGCAAACGCUUUUUGAUCGGUGGACGACAAACAGCCUCCCCUCAGGGGAACGACGACCUUGAAAUCGCUAUUUACAUGGGAGAUGUUCAAGAUCAUAUAUUGACUUUGCAGCAAUCCCUUCAUCACUACGAGCACAUGCUCAGCGAUUCUCACCCAGCAUACCUGACUCAAUUGCGAACUCAUCUCGCUAGGACCAAGCAAUACAGUGAUAAAGCCAUUUUGGCGUUGUCUCUCAUUAGUUUUGGGAUCUUGUGCAUUCAAGUUCCGAUCGGUAUGUUACCAGCUGUCCUCUAGUGUCAUGCUUACCUUUUACUUUUUCAUAGGAUUAUUUUCGCAAAACGUCAAGGUUCCGAAGAAUAGCGUUAAUCCUCCAGGCCCUUACAAUUAUUUCGCCAUGGUCAUACUUUUGUUGAUUG